AUGACAAAACGAAAUACGAACAAAAAGUUGGCUCCAAAGAAAAUCAAAGAAGAGCUCACGGAUAUGACCCCAAAGAUGAGAGGAGAAUGCUCUUCAUCAAGUCAAGAUCAUGAAAGUGAUGAUGAUGCAGAAUGGGAUUAUAAGGAACAAAAGGCGUGUUGCAUUUGCGCAAGACGAGGAGAGGUUCUUUGGUGCCACAGCUGCCCAGCAUCGUUUCACAUAAAAUGUCUGGGAUACGACACGGAUCCCCAACCGAACGGAACAAUUUUUACAUGUCGUCGUUGCCAAAAAAUUACAAAGACAGAUAGGAAGAAGAUCCCCGAACUCACCGCCAUUCUUUCGGCAAAUCCGAAAAAUCGAAUGCUGAAUGAGGCAUGGAGGAAUUACCAUGCCUCUGUCUUUUUGUACCACAAAAAGGAAAAAGCUGGUCCCCCUACCGGCCCACUUCGUACGCAACAUCUGUAUGCAGCACUCUCACGUCUCAAUCCAAUGAACACCAAUGGUAUUGAAUUAGAUGAAUAUACUAAAACAUUGAAAAUCCCAAAAGUAUUGUUAGGCACUUGCCCAAACGUUAAACUGGAACCGCUAGAAGAUGGUGAACUUAAUGAAAAAAAUGAGCGUUGUGCAAAAGAAGAACGCAACUUCUACAAUUUCAUCAAAUGCUACAAAGCAUUCGAGAAUCUUGGGUGUGCGCUAGAAAAUGCAACAUCUUCUGCAACAUCAGGAAGAAGUGCAGCUUCACCUUCGGCACCUUCGAAGAAGAUUAAAAAGACACAAAAUAUCGAGGGAACAAGGAGAAUCACAAGAGCUGAAGCUAAACGUUUGGAAUUGGAAAAGAAAAAAGGCGACGGAGAUUUUCCUGGAUGUUCAGCGUCUGGCGCCUCAUCCCCAGUUAUGUCAGUUCCUCAAGCGAAGCUUUUGAAAAGUGAGCCUACUGAAACUGAUGGAGCGAUGUACCAAGAUUUGCCCAGAUAUUCACCGAUAGUAACAUCUUCCUCUGCCCAAUCAAUUCAUCAAGAAGAAUCUUUGAAAAUGGAGAUCGAAAAGCAUACAGUUGAACAAAUUCCCGAACACAAUUUGCCGUUGACAAGCGCCUCCUCUCAAGUUCAAUAUAUUCCCCCACAUCCCAUUUUUCGACCAGUGCCGAUUCGUCCAACAGCGACAAAUGCAGCUUGUGUUCCAUCGCCCAUGGUCGAUAUUAUCACUUUGGACGAUGAAAUUGAAGAUCCAUCAGAGGGUACUCCCCAAUCGAAUUUUUUGUCAAAUGAUCCGGUUGCAAGAAAUUUGGAUUCCUCUGAUUCGCGCAACACACACUCUUCUUCUGAAGCAAGCAACAAAACACCUAAGAGAAGUUUUGGGAUGAUAUCACCAUCAGGAAUGGAAUCCUUCCGUCAAUCUUCGUUUGCCAACGUGUCCCAUUUCCCUUCUUCAUGUUUUCCGGCAAGCUCAAUUUUGAGUUUCGGACCGCAACAUAUGUGUAGCCAGCAAUUCUCCCAAAAACCACCAACGUCAGCGGCUCCACAAAUGGGUAAUCCCAUCUUCUCAAUCAAUUCAACUGGGAUAGUAACUAAAAGACGUUAUUUCAGCAAUUCCGGAACUCGAUUUAGCACGACGAAAGCUGCAGAUAUGGCAGGCCCGAGCACUUCUGGCAGAAAUAUGAUGAAUCAUGCCCCACUGGGAAUUUUAACUUCUCUCGUUUUUCCUCGAAUCUAUGCAUCAAUUGAAGUCAUUGGUCGAUCUCCGAUUGCUUUGACACGGGAAAGAACAUUCAUCGGUACAGAUCAAAAUUCCAACAUCCCACUUCAAAAUUUUGGAGUUUGUUCAAAUUGGGCCAGCACUCACUGCAUGAUUGCAUACCAAAAUCCGAGUUUCUGCUUGUAUGCGAAUCAUGUAGUUGCUGUAAACAGAAUUCGGUACAAGGAAUUUACGUGUCAGAAUUCUUGCAAAUGCGUCAGCCAACUACUCAGCUACCCAAAAGCGGAGAAAACUUGUAUAAUAUUGGAAGAUGGGGAUUUGAUCCAAAUUGGAUGCAUUGUUUUUAAAUUUCGCCAGUACCUGUAA